GUGGGCGGGAUUUACAGGCCCAGAAGCCGAGACCUUGGGUUGUGGGACUGUCCGGCUGGAGGGUCCCUUAUUGUAACAAUGUCCAAGCAAAUGGGCAAAGAUGGAUUGAAGGAGAAGUUUCAAAAGUUAUUGGGGUUGGGACCUUCUCGUGUUAAUUCCAAACAGUCUGAGUGGAAGCAUCCGGAAUACAUAAUUACAGCGGAGUUACUAAAGGAGCUGAGUUCAGAGAAUGCUCUUCACAUCCGGAUACGCGCAAUAAACCAAGUCUGUGAGCUGGCAAAAACGAAAAAGUUUGAGGAGCAUGCGGUGGAAGCCAUUUUGAAUGUAGUGACUGACCUCUUACAGCCCGAGCAGCCUACAGAAGCCCGGCAUCACGUGCUUAAUCUACUGAAAGCUAUCAUUCAUGGGCAGGGUGAAAGACUUGGGUUCCUACGAGCACAUUUCUUCCGCAUUAUAAAAGAUUAUCCAACUAAUGAAGACCUUGCUGAGAGACUGGAUGUGUUUAAAGCUCUCACUGAUGGGGGUCGAGACAUUACGUACCUUGAAGAAGAACUUGCUGCUUUUGUUCUCCAGUGGAUGGAAAUUGGUUUAACCCCUGAUUUCUUGCUUAUCCUGGUGAAUCUUGUGAAGUUUCACAGCUGUUAUCUAGAACGAUAUAUUGCUCCAAUGGUGCAAAUGAUCUGCCUCCUCUGUAACCGUACCACCUCCUACUACGAUAUUGAGAUGUCGUUGAAGGUUUUAGAUGCAGUGGUUUGUUACAACUGUCUUCCAUCAGAAAGCAUUCCCACUUUUGUCAUCACCCUGUGCCGGACCAUUAAUGUUAAGGAGCUGUGUGAGCCGUGCUGGAAGCUGAUGAGAAACCUAUUAGGGACCCACCUUGGACACAGUGCUAUUUACACCAUGAGCCGUAUUAUGGAAGAUCGAGUCUACAUGGAAGAUGCCCCUUUGCUAAGGGGAGCUGUGUUCUUUGUUGGGAUGGCGCUAUGGGGCGCCCACAGACUCUUUUGUCUGAAGAAUUCGCCCAUAUCUGUGCUCCCAUCUUUUCUCAAGGCCAUGACUUGCCCAAAUGCUGUUGUUUCCUAUGAAAUUGUUCUCUCCAUCACUCGGCUCAUCAAAAAAUACGGGAGGGAGCUGCAGGCUGGGACAUGGGAUGUUCUGAUGGACAUUUUAGAACAGUUAUUCCAGCAGCUCCAGGUUCUGCGUAGUCAGGAACUAAAGGCCGUAGUGCAUGACCUCCUGACCUCUGUAGAAGAGCUUUAUAACCAAAACGAGUUUCAUGGUAAUGAAGAGCGAUUUUUUGAGCUGGUAGAAAGAAGCUCUGACGACAGACCUAAAGAAUCUGUAGUUAAUCUCAUAAAUUACAAAGCUCAGUCCAUUCACCCAGGGAAGGAAGGGUGGGUCCUGGAUCUCCAAAAACUAAUGGAAAGAUAUUUCAGGAAUGAGACACGGAGUAUUGUGAGAAUGAAGGUGUUGGAUGUCUUAUCUUUCUCGCUCAGUAUUAAUCGACAAUUUUAUGAGGAGGAGUUGAUUGAGAAGGUUGUCACUUCCCAGCUGGCCCAUAUACCUGAGGAUAGAGACCACCAGGUGCGGAAAUUGGCUACCCAGCUUUUGGGGGACCUGGCUGAAUGCUGCCAUUCAUGUCAUUUCAACAGCUUGAUGGAUAUCAUAGAAAGGGUGGUGACACGACCUUUGUCUACAUCUACUGAUGUUGGACAUGAUGCUUCCUCAUUGGAAGAUGUGAAGACUUCAGUGCUAGGACUGAUGGUUAUACUCCAGACCAAGAUGUAUUCUCUGCCAGCCAGCCACGCAAUGCGCGUGUACGAGAUGCUGAUAAACCACAUUCAGCUCCAUUACAAAAACCUCUACAGUUCACACAUCGCCAGCAGUAUACGGCUUCAGGUGUUUGAUUUCCUCCUGCUCAUCCGAGCUGACUCUUUAAGACGACUGGGGCUUCCUAAUAAGGAUGGAGCUGUCCGAUUCAGUCCGUACUGCCUCUGCGAAUCUGUGACUGAGCAAGAGAAGAAAACGACAGAACGGAAGCCUGCUGGCACCUUAUCGCCUCCGUCCGGAAGUCCUAGUCUCCCCUCCCAGAAUGCUUCCCCACGCAUGGGCUACCUGCCAUACUCUUUGGCAUUUGGAGUCCUCCUACAAUGCCUAAAGCAGGAGACUGACUGGAAGGUGCUGAAGCUGGUUCUAAAUAAGCUGCCAGAGUGUCUCCGUUACAAGGUCCUGAUAUUGUCAUCUCCUUGUAACAUUGACCAGCUUGCUUCGUCCCUGUGCACUAUGCUUAAUGACCGAAAAGCAAGUGAACGUCUCUACAACACACCAGACGGCUUUUCUCGUACUGAUCUGCAACUAGCGGUAGUUCCUGUAUUGACGGCUUUAACUUCUUACCACCAGUACCUAGAAAUCACCAAACAGCGCGAUAUGGUGCGAUGUCUCGAGACUGGCCUGAUUUCUCGUUGCGCCAAGCAGUGUGUGGUUGCGCUGUCUAUGUGCAUGAUCGAAAUGCCAGGCAUUCUAAUGAAAUCCCUUCCGGUGCUCAUAGUCAAACUAACUCACAUCUCUGCAACAGUAACUAUGGCUAUCCCAAUGCUGGAAUUCCUAUCAACCUUGGUCCGCCUCCCCCACCUGUACGGUAAUUUUGCUGCAGAACAGUAUGCCAGUGUGUUUGCCAUCUCUCUUCCCUACACCAAUCCAUCCAGGUUUAACCAGUAUAUUGUGUUUCUGGCUCACCACGUUAUUGCCAUGUGGUUUAUCAGAUGUAGACUAUCGCUGCGGAGAGACUUUGUGCCAUACAUAACAAAGGGUUUGCGAUCCAAUGUUCUCCUAAGUUUUGAUGACACUCCUGAGAAAGGGAGCUUCCGGGCUCGCAGCACCAGCUUGAACGAGAGACCCAAAAGCUUGAAGCUGUCUAAACAUGCAAAGCCAGGCUUGAGUGACUCAUCCCCAGUUAAAGAAGUGAAAGACUUGUCAGAUGCCUUCAGAUCUCGCAGCAUCAGUGUGUCCGAACGUGCUGCGUACAGCCGUAUGCAGACUUCUGUCACCAGCUCCAGCUUAGGCUCUGCCGAUGAGAGCUCUAUGGCCCAGGCUGAUGACAGCUUGAAAAAUCUUCACCUGGAGCUGACCGAGAUCUGUUUAGAUAUGAUGGCUCGAUACGUCUUUUCCAACUUCACUGCAGUGCCUAAACGAUCACCCGUUGGAGAGUUCCUAUUGGAUGGAGGAAGAACAAAGACCUGGUUGGUUGGAAACAAACUUGUUACUAUAACAACCAGCGUGGGAAGAGGGACACGCUCCCUUCUGGGGCUGGAUUGUGGAGAGAUCCAAGAAGACCCAGACUCUUGCUCAGGAAUGCAAACUGAACAAGUCAGAGAAGCACCUACCAAGCUGGACCUUCAGGCGAAGAAACAACAGAGUAUGCACACACCACGUCACCGCGUCCGCUCCAUGUCUGGAGGCCAUGGGCUACGAGCUGGUACAAUGGAAGGACCCUCAAUAUCUUCCCCACAAGGGCAGCCUGGUGUAACCCCAUUAACAAGGGCAGACAAGACCCCCCGUAGGCCACAAGUAAAGAGAGAGAAGGCCACACUGGCUGACUUUGUUCCGGUGCUGACACAAGGCUGGGCUGAGAUCCUAGUUCGCAGGCCAACUGGAAAUACCAGUUGGCUGAUGAGUCUAGAGAAUCCACUCAGCCCCUUUUCUUCCGACAUUAACAAUAUGCCCCUUCAAGAGCUGUCUAAUGCACUUAUGGCAGCGGAGAGAUUUAAAGAGCACAGGGAGACUGCCCUCUACAAAUCCCUUUCCAUGCCAGCAUCAACAUUGACUGCUUCCUCCAAAACCAAGCCCACCCUUCUCCAACGCUCAAACACAGUGGCUUCUGUCUCUCUCUCCCAGUCCAGUGGUCAAGGAAAGUUGCUUAGGAGUAUAUCCUGGGCAGAGUCCUCGGUUGUGCCUGAGGAAGGGACACAGCCUGAUACAGAAACCGAUAUCACUUCUCCAGGAGGAUCUCAAGAGCUUGAUGAUUUUGAAGCGGUUGCCACAGAAGAAACCGCAUGCGAGGAGAAGACUGAUAAGAAGACAGAAGGAAUAAGCAGGUCCUCCUCCACCUCCAGCCAAGAAGAUUCUUCUGCUCAUCAACCGGAAGAACCAGAAGCUGGUGGAAUCCCCAUUGAAGGGUCCACUCGUGAGAUUCCCUUUCAACCCUCCCAACCUUUGUGCAAGUCCAGCUCUUCCCCUGAACUUCAGACCUUACAGGAGUUACCACGGGAGCCAGACACCAAAGAAGAAACCAAGCAGUCAACUGCAGAUCUCAAACCAUUACCACUGGCUACUAACACCGAGCCUGAAGUCCACCCUAGCCCAUCUGCCAAAACUGAAGUGGAUGGUGGUUUUGGAGCAACUGCUAUGCCGGAAACAGGGAGCAGGCUUGAACCAGGAGUGAUAAACCAAUCUCCACAGUCUCCUAGUGGAUAUCGCCCUAGAGGACACACCAUCUCAGACUCUGAGCCCUCCAGGAGGGGGAGAAGAAUUAACGUAGAUGCUUUCAAAAGUAGCACAAAAUCAUCCAAAGCUGACAAGGUUCCCGGAAUAGAUCCGAGCUUUGUGUUUUUGCAGCUGUACCAUUCCCCCUUUUUUGGGGAUGAGUCCAACAAGCCCAUAUUUGUACCCAAUACACAGACAUUUGACAGAACUAUGAAGCUGCUGGACCAGAUACCUUCAUAUGAUACACAUAAAAUUGGAGUUCUUUAUGUUGGGGAAGGGCAGAUUGGCAACGAACGGGCAAUCCUCUCCAACGAGCAUGGCUCCUACCGAUACACUCAGUUUUUAACAGGUCUGGGGAAGCUCAUUGAGCUGCGCGACACUCAGCCUGACAAAAUCUUCUUGGGAGGACUGGACGGGUGUGGGGACGAUGGUCAGUUCACCUACUGUUGGCAUGAUGACAUCAUGCAAGUCAUUUUCCAAAUCACCACCCUGAUGCCAAACAAAGAGAUUGAUCCGAGCCGCUGCAAUAAGAAGAGGCACGUGGGCAACAACUUUGUAAAUAUUGUGUACAAUGACUCUGGCGAGUUCUACAAGCUGGGGACCCUCAAGGGUCAGUUCAACUUUGUGGAUGUAAACAUCCAACCAUUGGACUGCGAGAGCAAUCUGGUGACGCUGCAAUGUCGGAAAGAUAUGGAAGGUCUCGUCGAUAUCACUGCAGCCAAAAUUGUUUCCGAUAAAAACCUUCCUUUCCUUGCACGACAGAUGGCUUUACAUUCAAACAUGGCCUCGCAAGUUCAUCACAGCAGGUCAAACCCCACCGACAUUUACCCUUCUAAAUGGAUAGCCCGACUCCGGCAUAUUAAGAAGAUGAGACCCAAGAUUCACGAAGAGCUGCUGGAGCAGAGUGCAAACCUCCCAUAUCAGAUGUACAGUAACAAAACUCCUCCGCAGACUCAGCAGUCACCCAACGGCACUUUUGAAACCGGACAGAGAACAAGACUCAUAUCGGCAGUGGAUGACUUUACAGAGUUUGCUUAGUGAGACCUUUUUAACCGACUGGUCUGGCUUCAUGGUACGGUGCGGGACCCUCGCAGGGACACAGUUUUUGUGCAGUAUUUUGAUACAGAGCAGGCAAAGACUACUAAAUAAUUAAAAGCUCACUCAUGAGACUUUAGCCUCUGGACCUGGAACUGUCUAAACCUAGACGACGCUUGGAUACUUUUUUAAGAGACACUAGAAGCUAAAUUAUUUUGAAUACUGGAAUGGAUAUCCUAAUUUAUUAUUAACCCUUUUUCAAAGGUGUAAAGUUGCUUUGAUUAUAUUCCUGUAUUGUGGACUUAUGAAAGUGAAAAAAAAUCUACAGCCUAAAAUGGAUUUUUUUUCCUGCGCAAUACGGAAUUAAGUUCAGUAAUAAAAGUUUUGAGUUUAUCUCCCUGUUUUGCAUACAAAUCCUAAUAUUUAAGGGAGAUUAUGGAAGAGAGCAGGUGAUUUGUCCUGUGAUUUAAUUGGUAGCACUUUAACUUCUAAGCUUCCCCCGGGAUGUGCAAUGUGUUGCCGGACUCUCUAUUAGCAAUCUAGUUUUGCAACAAAAAAAUAAAGUGCAAAAUUAAAAUAA